GUUUAAAGAUGAAAUCCAUAUUUGUAGCUCUAAGUGUGCUUGCUUAUUUGCUAUUUGCAGUUGUGGUUGAGGCAGCACCAGAUUACUAUAGCAUUUUGGGAAUUAACAAGAGGGCAAAUGAAAAGGAAAUCAAGACUGCUUAUCGUCAAUUGAGUAAGCAAUAUCAUCCGGACAAGAACAGUUCUCCUGAAGCACAUGACAAGUUUGUUGAAGUUGGAGAGGCAUACGAAGUUUUAUCCAACAAGGAAAAAAGAGCCAAUUAUGAUAAAUAUGGUGACCCUGAAGGACCUCAACAUCAUGGAGGUCCAGGAGAUUUCUUUAAUAAUAUGUUUGGUGGCCAUCAUGGUGGUCAACAUGGUGGACAACAAAGAGGAGAUAACUCACAACUCAACUUGAACCUUGCAUUAUCCGACUUUUUCCAAGGUAAAGAUAUGGAUUUUGAAGUGGAAAUGGUAAACAUUUGUACUGAUUGUACUGGAUCAGGCUCAAGUGAUGGGAAAAAGAUUAAAUGUAAGAACUGUAACGGUGGAGGUGUUGUGAUGAUUCGUCGUCAAUUAGCUCCUGGAUUUGUGCAAACAUUCCAAUCUCAAUGUGACCAAUGUCAAGGGAAGGGUAGUAUCGUUGCCAACCCUUGUAAGGUAUGUAGUGGGAGUGGAGCAAAGAGAGGUAAGAGAAAGUAUGACGUACACAUUCCUGCUGGAUUCCCUAGAGAUGGAGUACAGACUAUGGAAGGAGAAGGAGAUGCAUACCCAGACAUUAUUCCUGGUGAUUUACAUAUUGUUUUCAAAGAAGAUUUGAGCCGUAGUUGGGGUUACCGCCGUGUGGGCAACAACUUGUAUAGAGACGAGGUUCUUACUGCCAAGGAAGCCCUUGGUGGCGGAUGGGAAAGACAUAUUCCAUACUUUGAUGAGAUAGAAACAGAAAUCAAACUUUCAAGAAACGCACAACAAAUGGUUAGAGAUGGUGAAAUAGAAGUCGUACAAGGAAAAGGUAUGCCAUUCCAUAAUGCCGAUGGAUUGGAUGACGAUAAACAUGGUGAUCUUUUCAUUCAGUAUAAGAUUGUUAUUCCUGGAGGAUCCAAGGAAGCAGCCGGUCAUGUGAUGAGAGAUGAGUUGUAGAGAUAUAGAGAUAGAGUAUUCUAACUAUUGUAAUUUAUGUAUAUAAUAAAUGAGGUAAAGAAUAAAAAUAGAUACACGG